AUGAAGAAGAAGGCCUCCUCAUUUCAAUGCUUCAGUGUGAGCAUGUCUCUUCCUCGUGCGAUCGUUUUCUUCAUGACUUUUCAUAUCUGCAAGCCAACAUCUGCCCUAUUUAAGGUCAUUGGACCUGAUCAGCCAGUUACUGCUAUUGUGGGGCAGGAAACCGUGUUGCCUUGUCACUUGUCCCUCAACACGAGUGCGGAGAACAUGGAAGUGAGGUGGUUUCAAUAUGAGCCUCAGACUUUUGUGCACCUCUACCACAAUGGGAAAGAUCAGUACGGACAGCAGAUGCCAGAAUAUCGCGGAAGGACAGAGCUGCUGAAAGAUGGCCUCAUGGAGGGACAUGUUUCCUUGAAGAUUGUCAAUACUAGACCAUCGGAUGAGGGGCCGUAUCACUGUUCUGUUACAGAUGGGAUUUCUUAUGCAGAAGCCAUACUGGGACUGAGGGUAGCAGGCAUAGGCUCUGCUCCUCAAAUUACUUUUGAGAAUUACCAGGAUGGAGGGAUACGAAUGGUUUGUCGAUCAGCAGGGUGGUUCCCUGAGCCCAGAGUGCUGUGGAGAGACCAAAGAGGACAGAAUUUAACAGCACUUUCUGGAACCAGAUCCAAGAGGGAGGACGGCCUGUUUGAAAUAGAAAUCUCUAUCAUUAUAUAUGAACAUUCGCACCAGAACUUGUCCUGUUGGAUCAGAAAUAACUUACUCAAUCAAGUGAAGGAAUCGGCAGUUUUUAUAUCAGCAUUUUGUUUUUCAGAUCCCUUUUUCCCAAAGGUGAAUCCCUGGAUGGUGGCACUGUGUGUGAUGCUAGUGGUUUUAUUCGGCUUCAUUCUCUUGACUGUAUAUCUCCUCAAGAUAAAGCGUGACCUUCAACAGAAACUUGAGUGGAGAAGAAUCAUGAGCCAUCCAGAGAAAGUGAUUCUGGAUCCAGACACGGCUCAUCCCUACAUCAUCUUGUCUGAGGAUGGGAAACUCAUAGGAAGAGGACCCAGAUGGCAGAAUAGGCCUGACAACCCUAAGAGAUUUACUACAAUUCCCUGUGUGCUGGGCUCUGAGGGAUUCACUUCAGGGAGGCAUUGCUGGGAGGUGGAGGUGGGGGACGUGGGAGAUCUGUGGGCUCUCGGGGUCUCUAGAGAAUCGGUGAAGAGGAAGGAAGGGAUUGGCCGUGAUGCUGACGAUGGGAUCUGGGCUGUGGAGCAGUACUUGCGUAAGUGCCGGGCUAUGACCACCUCGAAGUGGGUCCCCUUGGGCCAGGUCCCCAAGAGGAUCUGGGUCAUCCUAGACUGUGAUGAGGCAUGGGUAGCGUUUGUCAAUGGUGAUACGGAUACCCUGAUGUACACCUUUUCACAAGCCUCAUUUGCUGGGGAGAAAAUCUACCCUUGGUUCUGGCUGGAGUAUAUUACUGAGGAACCCCAACUCCGACUCUGCCAUUGAGACACAAGAAAAGUUUGGCAGAGAGGACCUUUAAAUACCCACUUUAUCCUCAGAUUAUUCAGUGUAAUCUCUAUGUCCCCGGAGGGGCAGGGUUGGGUUGUUAGACUGUCGCACUAGAGAGAGCAGGAAGUGGUUGAAACAGAAAGCCUAAUCUCUUAGCCUAUCUUUCAGAUCCUUUAUGGACUGUAUGAUCAGAAACUGCUAAAUGGGAACCAAUGGAGGGUGGGAUGUUGGGUAUUGAAGAGAAAUGACCCCAAACUAGGAAACUUUGGGAUUUGUAAAUGCCACUGAAACUGGAAAUGACCUGCAUUGCACUGUUGCUUUCUUUAAAGCUUUAGCUAAUUUCAAGUGGAGACAUUGCAAGGAUUUAUAUAAUUGAUUUGGAUAAACUUUUGUUCUUUCCUCUUUUUUCCUUGAUAUUGUUUAAUCUUUCCCCAGUGAUUGGAUAUCGUCACAAUUACAGAAUAUAAAGCUAUUUUUGCUGAAUGAAAAA